GCCAGGUCGCUGUACUACGCCUUCCCCAUUGACGAGCGGCGCCAACAUCUGCAAUCCAUCGCGCCGCACCCCUGCCACUCUCAACUCUAACUGCUUCAGGCUCCUCAAAUCCUGCACGACACUGACGAUUGCUCGUCGCACCCUUGGUCGGCGCCUUACGGCUGAAGCGCUGCGUGAGGAACCGUGACGCGAGCCAGUCCGCCCGCCAUGGGGCUGCACAUCAACACAACUACUCCGCAUGUGCCUGUCCACAAUGAUUAUCGUCCAUGAUCUUGAUCUCCAACGCACCUCGCCCAAGUCCUGCUCCCAUUCUCAACACUGGCCCCUCCGCUGACCAAUACGCCUGCCUUUACGCCUCCGAGAACUGUGGUCAAGCUAUAUUACGAAUGGCUGAGCAUCGAGCGGACAGCGAGCCUCCCUGCGCAAGGCCGGAUGCCGUACAGCAGGAUCACGACGCCCUCGCCGACGACUGGUCGCACACAGCCGACCGCAAGGCCAAGAAACGCAUGCAGAAUCGAGUGGCCCAGCGCUCCUACAGACAACGCAUGAAGGCUCGCGUGGAAGAACUGCAAGCCAAAGUCGAACAGCUCGAGGGGACGAAACACAGUGUGCAAAAUAUGGACGCCAACGCCCACGUGUUAAGUCCAGACACGUUCAACACCAACGCUCUCUUCACCACCACGCGAGAUUCGCAACUUGGCUCCAGCUUCCACUCUGGUGCGCCCACUGCCAAUAUGGUGUCAAACACCCCACCCAGUGCGCCGCACGAUCAUCCCCAUGCAGUCCUGAGGCCGAUCACCAUGGAGGGCGCAUCUCAAGCCUCACACGGCUUAGCAACAUUCGCUCUCCUCAACAGCAAUGCUGUGCCAUCGACCAUGGCGCAAGACAUGUCAAACGACAUGUCCCUCCACAGUCUACAGAUGCAGUCAACGCCCUUUGGUGACCAGACUCCGUGCUUUGACUAUUUCAGAGACAUUCAUGGACAACAUACUCGGCAACCGCACUCCAUGGACGCUGUGACUUUCCAAGACGCUCAGCCGAUGACAUCGACUGCUGUGAGUUCAGCGAGCAGGCCCGGCUCUCCCCCAUCAGGCUCAUCUUUGACGCCUGAUUUUUUACCUUCAUUGUCUGGCAUCAACUCGCCAGAUGACUCCUACCGAUCAUCCAGCAUGGCGUCUGCGGAAAUCCCUCCCCAUUCAUCGCAUUUGAGCAGUGGUGCAUCGGUGGAGGAUCGCCUGAGAUACGUUGCCGAACAAGCCAAAGUUGCAGGUUUUCCGGACUUGGACAGCAUGAUUACAGCGUACUACACCGUCUUGGCUGGGGAUCCGUCUGCUGCGCUCGGAGAUAGUGAGGGCAGCGCCGCACGACGCUUGCCCCGUUUGAUCGCCACGUUACGACACGCGGUGCAGGAGUGGAGAGAUUGGGAGCGAAAAGGUUUCCCUUUGGAUUGAUCGGUUACACAAACAGCACUCGAGGAUCGGGGGCUUAGACCAACGAGGAGCACUGGAGUGACAUAUCAUGUGCUCAAGAAGUGCACACCAACAGGCGACACAUCUUCCGGAGGGAUGUGCUUACAGACACUCGGCAGCAUUGGUUAUUAAGCAGCACCAUACGCUGGCU